AUGCUUGAGCUCGGCUACGAGGGCGAGUUGCUUCAGAAAGGUUCUAUUCGGCCGGCAACUUUCUGGAAGACGGCCUCAAGAGCAGUUGAAGCAGAGGAGGGGGUUGGAGCAAUUUACCCCAGCCGCUGCCAAAGUCAGAGACUGCAUGUUCAUAGAAAACUGUCGUCUGCGCACAAGGUCAAUCGCUCUCUGGUAACCCUAUUCGAGGUGUCGACGAGCGGGACCAACGUCUCUUCUGACACAGUGCAGCACGUGGCGGUGGUGAAUUGCCACUUGACGGCGGCACCCGUGCCGAAGGAGCGCCUCGCUACGGUCGAGGACGGGCUGAAGGCGGCCGGGAAGUUGUGCAGCGAGGCCGCGCUGCCAGCCCCAGGCACUACCCCCCAGAACAAGAAAGGCAAGGGUCUUGGCCCAGCGACUGUGGCGGCGCCGCCAGUAUCAGUAAUCUUGUGCGGAGACUUUAACGGCAGCGGCGGUGUGGUGGACACGUUUUUGAGAACCGGCGAGGUUGGCCCUGAUGACACAAUCGGCCUCGGCAAACGGAAGGCCCACACUUUCCCACGGUUCACCGACUGCGGUGGCGACAGGGGCCCGACGUUGGUCGUGCCUAACAUCGACACCAAGAUGUUGCGGCCCCAGGAAGAUCGCGAGGCACUCCCUGAUGGCAUGGUCGCAAAAGCUCAGCAGUUCGAGAGUGCACUGAAGUCGGCGACGGGCCGAUACGAUGGCAACUGCGAGCCCAAGCCAAAGCAGCCGGGCUUCGACGCCGAGGUGCUCCGCGCCGUGAACGAGCGAGCCCUGACUCCCGCGAUGCUGCGGCAGACAAGGCUGUGCUUCGACAGGAUCAUGGAAACGCCGUCGGGGCUGCCGGCGAGCAGGAGCGACGAGAUCUCAGGUAGGCAGGUGAACUGGUGGUUGCGGCAGAUCAACAGGCAGGUCGGGCGCGGUUCGGAGUUCCGCCACGCCCGCGAGCUGCAGUUCGCGAAACUGGCGGGGGGCGAGGCCGAGGCGAUGGGUGGCGACGGCGACCUCCUGCCCGGGCUCACGUUCCAGGAGUUCGCGACGGUCUGGCGGCUGGAGCUCGAGGAGGGAAAGUACUGGGCGGUGGAGCACGACCUGGGCAGGCUGUGCGGGAGCGGCAUGCGACAGCCGGGCGACCUCUCGUACCAGGGGCGCUUCGACUACAUCUACGUCUCAUCUGCUUCUCCCGGGGGGCUGAGGCUGGUGUCUGCGGACCCCGUGGCGUUUUUCCCGGAGGCGGUCGGAGGGACAGAGGGCAAGCUGAAGUCGCUCGUGGAGCUGGGACUCGCCUCUGGUGGUAUCGACAGCUUCGUGCUGCCGAAUGCGUGGCACCCGUCCGAUCACCUGCCGGUCGUGGCAGACUUCGUCAUUUAA